AUGUCCUCCGACGAAGAGCGGCAACACGCCCUCGCGGCUUUUAAGGACAAGCUCAUCGAGUCAAGAGAAUGGGAAGCAAAGUUGAAGAACCUGCGGCUGGAGAUCAAGGGCCUGCAAAGGGACUUCGAUCAGACCGAAGAGAACAUCAAGGCGCUGCAAAGCGUCGGCCAGAUCAUCGGAGAAGUGUUAAAACAGCUGGACGAUGAGAGAUUCAUCGUCAAAGCCUCUUCAGGUCCUCGAUAUGUGGUCGGGUGUAGAUCAAAAGUCGACAAGAUCAAGUUGAAGCAGGGAACCCGCGUAGCACUCGAUAUGACAACUCUCACAAUCAUGCGCAUGCUACCACGAGAGGUAGACCCGCUCGUCUACAACAUGUCUCUCGAGGAUCCCGGCCAGGUCAGCUUUGGUGGUAUCGGAGGGUUGAACGAUCAGAUUCGAGAGCUACGUGAGGUUAUUGAGCUACCGCUAAAGAACCCAGAGCUGUUCUUGAGAGUGGGAAUCAAACCGCCCAAGGGAGUGCUGCUGUAUGGACCCCCUGGAACUGGCAAAACCUUGCUCGCGAGAGCUGUCGCGAGUAGUCUGGAGACAAAUUUCCUGAAGGUCGUCUCCUCUGCCAUCGUCGACAAGUAUAUCGGUGAAUCUGCCCGUUUGAUUCGUGAGAUGUUCGGCUAUGCCAAGGAACACGAGCCUUGCAUCAUCUUCAUGGACGAAAUCGAUGCCAUCGGCGGCCGCCGGUUCUCCGAGGGAACGUCUGCCGAUCGUGAAAUCCAGAGGACACUAAUGGAGCUGCUCAACCAACUUGACGGUUUCGACUACCUGGGCAAGACCAAGAUUAUCAUGGCGACAAACAGACCUGACACUCUAGACCCGGCACUGCUUCGCGCAGGUCGUCUGGACCGAAAGAUCGAAAUUCCUCUACCGAACGAGGUGGGCCGAUUAGAAAUUCUCAAGAUCCACGCGGCAGGCGUCGUCACGGAGGGAGAUAUCGACUUCGAGAGUGUGGUGAAGAUGAGCGAUGGCCUGAACGGCGCCGAUUUGCGUAACGUCGUUACCGAAGCGGGUCUAUUUGCUAUCAAGGACUACCGAGAUGCUGUAAAUCAGGACGAUUUCAACAAGGCAGUCCGGAAGCUUGCUGAGGCGAAGAAACUCGAGGGGAAGCUAGAGUACCAGAAGUUGUAA